CUUAUUAAUUAUUAUUAUUAAAUGACUUAGAGGUUAAGUAAACCCCCCCCCCAUAGCAUUCAUUAGUGACACCAAGACCAUCAGUGAGGUGAUGACAAUUUUACGUGGUUGGCGAUAUGGGGUCUUCGUUGGGGGUUUGGUGGGGUUCAUCAGUGCUGCCCUCUAUCCCAUCGUUAUUUACCCAAUGAUGAAUGUUGAUAACUACAAGAAAAUUCAAGCAGUAACCAGGAAAGGGAUCAACCAAGAGGACGUCCAGCCAGGAAAUAUGAAAGUUUGGUCUGAUCCAUUUGGAAGAAAAUCUUAGUACAGUACUUAAUUAACUUUUAGAUACUGUAUAAAUAUAGGUAACAUGUACAGUAACUGGAAUUGUAUAUUGUUUUAAAUAAAAUUGUUUCUUUUU